AUGUCGCUGUGGAGUCUCUUGGUCUUGUUGUUAUUGCAUGAUGCCGUGAUUGUUGUCGCCGCCUCCGAUAUUUCCCAUCCCAAUGCCACUCUCUCCAAGAUUGCCUUUGGCAGUUGCCACAAUGCACGCAAAAUCCAUGGACAUGUCCACGACAAUAACAUUUGGAAGGCCAUAUCAGCCGAAUCUCCCGAUCUGUUUGUCUGGACGGGCGAUGCCGUCUAUCCGGCACAACGCAAGAUUGCCAAUACGACCUACUUGAAGCAACUCUUCCACGAUAUGAAGACCAACAAAACCAUUGGAUAUCGACAAUUUGCGUCGCACGUUAAAAAUGGAAUUUAUGGAGUCUACGACGAUCACGACUAUGGAGGGAACGAUGCUGGCGUCGAAAUGCCAGACAAACGAGACCGCGCCGAUUUGUUCAUGGACUUUCUACAACUCGAUCAAUCUACUACUACUAGUCAAACAACACUACAAGAACGAGAUGGACUCUACUACAGUGUCACAUUUGGCACUCCACCCGAACAAGUCAAACUCAUUCUAUUGGACACACGAUGGCAUCGAACUAAACACUGUUUCCCCAGUCUGGCCACGAAAGUGCCGUUGGGAGCCGGAUUGUCGGCCGCCACACGAUGGGCACUGGCAGGCUUCAACGUCAAUCAAUGGUGGCCCUUUUGGGAUUGCUGGAAGGCACCCACUGUAUUGGGAGAGCAACAAUGGAACUGGCUCGAGCAAGAAUUAACUACGAAUAGUCAAGCCAAUGUACACAUUGUCGUCAGUUCCAUUCAAGUCUUGACCACGGAUCCUACCGUCGAGAGUUGGGGGCACUUUCCACUGGAACGACAGCGACUCAUAACGCUACUGGGCAAGGGCAUUUCCGGAUUGGUACUCUUGUCGGGAGAUGUACAUCAUGCCGAAAUAUUCAAUCCACUGGAAUCACAAUCAACAACAACAGUAUCCAAGAGCAAGUCGAGCUUUUUAGAAGUCACGUCCAGUGGUUUGACUCAUUAUUGCAGUCAACCCUUUUAUGGAUUCAUGUGCCAACCAGUACUCGAAAAGUACAACCAAAAUCGAUUUCAAAGCAGCAACAACUUUUACAUUGGACGGAAUUAUGGACGAAUCGAUAUUGAUUGGAAACAGCAAACAAUACAAGUCGUGGUGCAGGAUGAAAAUGGUCAGACCGUGCUGCGAACGGGGCAUCGACCGUUUCAGCAAGAUACAUUGACUCCGGAGGAAGUAGCGCAAGUACCGUUCUGUGUGGAUGGUCACUUGACACGGCCAGUACUGUCAGUCCUCACGGCAUUGGUAGUCAUUGUGGUAGUUGGAGUCCGUUCUUUUGGUAGAUAG